CAUAACCUUCUUCAAGUCAACUGUCAAAUUUUCCAGUCCUACAUUCGUUUCCUAGAAGUCAAUACAUUUCGACACCCCUCUAGUUUUAAGGAAAAGUGAUUUAUUGAGAUAUUGAAAAUGCAUCAGGCUAGAGCACUUGCUAGCACUUUUGUGAGUCCUUCUGGACAAAAAUUUGCCUAUUGGCUUCUGGCUAAGAAUACUCCGACCCUCACAGUCUCACAAAGUAGAAACUACAAUGUACCCGCUGCGUCCGAGCCAUUUUUGAAUGGCAGUUCCGGACAGUAUGUUGAAGAUAUGUACAACGCUUGGCUAGCUGACCCAUCAAGUGUACAUACGUCUUGGGAUUCUUUUUUCCGAAACUCAGCCCAAGGAGGUCCAGGAUAUCAACCACCCCCUUCAUUAGCACCUUUGGGGAGGAAUGAAAUACCCGCCACUUCCCUGCUGCCUAUGGCAGGAUCCCUAUCUCUUGGUGGUGGUCAAAUCAGCGAAAAAGUCAUCGACGAUCACUUAGCCGUUCAAGCCAUCAUCAGAAGUUAUCAGGCACGCGGUCACUUAGUUGCUAAACUGGAUCCUUUGGCUAUCAUGUAUUCUGAUCGCAGUAGCACCAUUACAGAAACCAAAGGUUCUCCACCUGAUGUUAUCACACGUCAGCAUAAAUUAGAGGAAACGGACAUGGACAGGGUGUUCAAACUACCGUCUACGACCUUCAUUGGUGGCAAAGAAAAGUCACUUCCCCUACGAGAAAUUUUACGCCGAUUGGAAUUGACGUAUUGUCGACAUAUCGGUGUCGAAUUCAUGUUUAUCAACAGUUUGGAGCAAUGUAAUUGGAUAAGGCAACGACUCGAAACACCUGGCGUGACGGAUCUCACGCCUGAUCAAAAAAGACUCAUUUUGGCACGUUUGACACGCGCAACUGGAUUUGAAUCGUUCUUGGCUCGUAAAUAUUCGUCUGAAAAAAGGUUCGGACUCGAAGGUUGCGAAAUUCUCAUACCAGCCAUGAAGACUGUAAUAGAUAAAUCUACGGAAUUGGGCGUGGAAAGCAUAGUUAUGGGCAUGCCACAUAGAGGUCGUCUCAACGUUCUAGCUAAUGUCUGCCGGAAACCUCUCCCCCAACUAUUUACUCAGUUUGCUGGACUUCAAGCCGCCGAUGACGGGUCUGGUGAUGUGAAGUAUCACUUGGGAACUUACAUUGAACGAUUGAAUCGAGUGACAAACAAAAACAUCCGUUUAGCUGUAGUUGCGAAUCCAUCUCAUCUUGAAACUGUAGAUCCUGUUGUUCAAGGAAAAACUAGAGCAGAACAGUUCUAUAGAGGAGACGGUGAAGGAAAGAAGGUCAUGUCAAUUUUGUUACACGGAGACGCCGCUUUCGCUGGACAAGGUGUCGUUUUUGAAACGAUGCAUUUAUCAGAAUUACCAGCUUACACCACUCACGGUACCAUCCAUAUUGUUGUGAAUAAUCAGAUUGGUUUCACCACGGAUCCUCGAUUCUCUAGGUCAUCCCCAUACUGUACCGAUGUUGCUCGUGUAGUGAAUGCCCCUAUAUUCCACGUUAACGCGGACGACCCGGAAAGUGUCAUUCAUGUUUGUAAUAUGGCCGCCGAAUGGAGAUCUACGUUCCACAAAGAUGUUGUCAUCGACUUGGUUUGUUACAGAAGAAAUGGACACAACGAAAUUGAUGAACCAAUGUUCACCCAACCCCUCAUGUACCGUAAAAUCAGAUCCACCAAGCCUUGCCUGGAAAAAUAUUCAGAUCAGUUGAUAAAUGAGGGAAUUGUAACCGAGGAUGAAGUUAAAGAUGUCAAAGAUAAAUAUGACAAAGUUUGCGAGGAAGCAUUCGAACAGUCCAGGCAAGAAACUCACAUCAAGUACAAGGAUUGGAUUGACAGUCCUUGGUCAGGAUUCUUCGAAGGCAAAGACCCGUUGAAGGUCAAUAAGACUGGAGUUAUUGAAGAUACGUUGGUUCACAUUGGAAAAAGGUUCUCUUCUCCCCCUCCCAAUGCUGCAGAGUUCAUUAUACACAAAGGUAUUGAACGUAUUUUGAAAUCUAGAAUGGAAAUGGUAGAACAUAGAAUGGCUGACUGGGCACUUGGAGAAGCUAUGGCAUUUGGAUCUUUGUUGAAAGAAGGAAUCCACGUUAGAUUGUCUGGGCAAGAUGUCGAGAGAGGCACCUUCUCCCACAGACAUCAUGUGCUGCAUCAUCAGACGGUCGAUAAAGCAACAUAUAGGCCCUUAUGCAACCUCUAUCCUGAUCAGGCUCCAUACACAGUGUGCAACAGUUCUCUUUCAGAAUAUGGUGUUCUCGGUUUUGAACUUGGUUAUUCUAUGACCAACCCGAACGCUUUGGUCAUAUGGGAGGCCCAAUUCGGCGACUUUGCCAACACUGCACAGUGUAUCAUAGAUCAGUUGCUCUCCAGCGGUCAGGCCAAAUGGGUCAGGCAGACAGGAUUGGUGUUAUAUUUGCCACACGGAAUGGAAGGACAAGGACCCGAACAUUCAAGCGCACGUUUGGAACGUUUCUUGCAAAUGUCUUCCGAUGACCCAGACUAUUUCCCACCAGAAAGUGACGAUUUUGCAGUGAGACAACUCCACGACAUCAACUGGAUUGUGGCUAAUUGUACAACACCCGCCAACUUGUUCCAUAUUCUCAGAAGGCAGAUUGCUUUGCCAUUCAGAAAACCAUUGAUACUCAUGACUCCGAAGAGUUUGUUGCGUCACCCCGAUGCAAGAAGUUCCUUUGAUGAUAUGAACGAAGGCACGGAAUUCCAAAGAGUUAUACCAGAACAGGGACCGGCCAGCCAAAAUCCCAGCGGGGUUGAAAAACUCCUGUUCUGUACCGGGAAAGUAUAUUAUGAAGUUAUGAAGGAAAUCAAAGCAAAAGGAUUGGAAUCGAAAAUUGCUGUUUCACGUGUUGAGCAAAUUACACCUUUCCCGUUCGAUUUGCUGAAACAAGAAUGUGCUAAGUAUCCACAUGCACAAAUUGGUUGGUUACAAGAAGAACACAAAAACCAAGGUGCUUGGAGUUAUGUACAACCGAGAUUUGAGACUACCUUGUCAGGUCAAAGAGAUAUAUGCGUGCCUCAUAGAGAAUCUCAAAGUUGGUUCAGUAAAUUGUUUGGAGAAAAAAAAUCAAACGUUCAACCGAAGGAGCAAACCGCUGUUCCUGACACGAGAGUAAUUAGUUAUAUUGGGAGACCUGUUGCUGCAAGCACAGCCACCGGAAGCAAGAAUCAACAUCUCAAAGAAUUAGCCAACUUAUUUGAAGACGCUACCCGACUAUAAAUUCACAAUAUAGAAUUUAUGAUAGGCUACUAAAACUCAUAGAACUUUCAGUAAAUUAUUUUUCUCAUAGACUAAUAUCAAGUAUUCAAGACAGUUCUUAUUCCUGUGCACUGAUUAUCGAAGAAUGUAAUUAUUGUAUAUAGCACUUUUAUGUAGAAUAAUGGUACAUAUUUGAUGCGAGAGAUGAAUUUUAAUCAAAAUGAUGGACUGUUAUAUUACUAUCAAUGCACAUAGGUAAUGAAAGUGAUCUAAGGUUACUUCAAUCUUGCUUGUUGAAUGGGUAUUAUGUUUGCACCGGCUCGUCCAAUAAAAGUAUUGAAAAUGAAAGAUAUAUGCUUCUAAAUAUUUGAAGGAACAGGUUUUGUGGUGACACAGUCAGCCGGACUGGUUUGGUGCAUCUUACUUUAAGAACUACUUAAGAUUGUCAUUUAUUUAUUUAUUGUAUGAACGUGGAAUAUUAAAUUUUGUUCUUCUAAUCA